CGUCAAGAAAGAAAUCCCACAUUUGUUGUCCACAAAUUGUCUUGCCUUGACGAGUCUGUACGGAGUCUCUCAAUUUGAUUGUCACAUCUUAGAACCAUUCGAAGCAACUCAAUUGAUAUCAGGAGACAGACUUUCUGCGCUUCGAAACUGCCCCUUACUUCGACUUGACUCACCUCAAGGAUGACCACAAAUGGAUUCACCCCGAGGACGGGGCUUACACUGGGGGUCAUAGGAUGUGGUGAGGGCUUUGGCGAUCGCUUAGUUGAAUUAUUGUGACUAACCUAUUCAGGAAACAUGGCUGGAGCAAUCCUCUCAGGCGUCCUCGACUCCUGUGCCAAGACUCAGGCAUUGGGAGAGACCCCUAGGAUCUCACGCUUUAUCGCAACUGUCAACAGCGAAAGGUCUGCAAGGAGAGUGAAGAGCCAGUUCGCCAAAUACUCGGAUCGUCUAGAAGUCAUACAGGGGGACAAUGUGAAAGCAAUGAAUGAGGCGGACGUCGUACUGCUCGGGUUCAAGCCAUACAUGAUCGAUUUGGUCCUCACUGUUGAUGGAGUACGAGAAGCCCUGGCUGGAAAGCUAAUAAUCAGUGUCCUCGCUGGUUCUCCUGUCGAAAAGCUAAACGCUGCCAUCUUCUGGGCGGGACCAGAGACUGAAGAUGAGAAGCCUUUCUUCAUCAAGAGAGCGAUGAUGAAUAUGGCUGCCGAAUAUGGACAGUCGAUGACUGUCCUGGAGACCAACCCAUUUAUCCCAAAUGAGUACGAAGAUUUGAUCGAGUGGAUGUUUAGCCAACUCGGAAAGACAGCUCCAGUUGCACCCGAGUUGUAUGACGUUGCCGGGGUCAUGGCGGGUGCGUCGAGUGCUCUGCUGUCAGUUGCUUUUGAUGGAAUGCUGGAUGGAGCAGUCAGCCAGGGAAUGAAGCGAGCAGAUGCGAACAAGAUUUUGACUCAGUCAUUGAUCUCAUUGGCAACACUGCUGCAGAAUGAACACCCUGCAGUUCUGAGAGAGAAGGUCUCGAGUCCGAAAGGGACGACGAUUGCGGGGUUACUUAGUCUCGAGGAAGACAGAGCGAGGUAUGCGUACAGCAAGGCCAUCAUUGCCAGCUCGGAGAGGAGUAAGGAGAUUGGAAAUUAGACAAGAAUCAUAGACAUAUAUUGCAUCUGUUUACUGUUUUCGUAUUCACGUUGCUUGAUCGAAACACACCGAAUUUUUGUCGGUUCUCGUAUUAGCUUGUCCAUUCCGCUUUCCCAUCGCCGGCCAAAAAAAAGCUGAGCUUGGAAUCAUCAAUCAGAAAAGUCCA